CCGCCCGUUUCCGCCCCGCUCCCGCCAUUGGCGCUCGAGAGCCGCGGCCGUUACCGGGAGGGGCCUGGAGCGGCUCCACUGCGGAGCGGAGCUUCCCGGGAGCGGCUCCAUCCCCGAGCGGAGCUUCCCGGGAGCGGCUCCAUCCCGAGCGAGCGGAGCUUCCCGGGAGCGGCUCCAUCCCCGAGAGGAGCUUCCCGGGAGCGGCUCCAUCCCGAGCGGAGCUUCCCGGGAGCGGCUCCAUCCCCGAGCGGAGCUUCCCGGGAGCGGCUCCAUCCCCGAGCGGAGCUCCUCGGGACGGGCUCGGAGCGUUCCCCGCAGCCCGAGGGGCCCGGCCCGGUGAGCGCCGCCGUCCCGGGGCCCCGCGGGGCUCGGGGCCGCUUUUGCCGUGUUCCUGCUCUUUGCUAUCACUGUGCCUCGCCAGGGUUCGGCUGUGGAUCCAUCGAUCCCCGGAGCUGCAGGGACGGGUCCAGGCGUGCCCGGGACUGAGCGGCCAUGGAGCGGCUGGAGGAGGAGCUGACCUGUGCCAUCUGCUGUGACAUUUUCUCGGACCCGCGGGUGCUGCCGUGCUCUCACACCUUCUGCCGCCGGUGCCUGCAGGGGCUGCUGGAGCUGCCGGCCGGCCGAGCUGCCCGAGCUGCCGGGCCGAGCUGCCCGAGCUGCCGGGCCCGCCUGGCCCUGCCCAGCGCCGGCCCCGAGGCGCUGCCCAUCAACUUCGCCCUCAAAGCCGUCAUCGAGAAAUGCCAGCAGGAGGAGCGGGCCGGCCGGGAGGAGCAGCAGCAGGAGGAGGGGACGUGCCGGGCUCACCCCCGGCAGCCGCUCAACAUUUACUGCCUGCAGGACCGGCGGCUGGUGUGCGGGCAGUGCAUCACCAUCGGCCGCCACCGCGGGCACGCCAUCGAUGAUCUCCGCAGCGCCUACCGCAGAGCCAGGGAGGCUUCGGGCCAGCUCCUGGAGCAGCUGGCCGAUCCGUCCCGCUCCAAGCUGCUCUCGUGCUCCCGGGGGCUGCGGCAGCACAAGGCCCGGUGCCAGAGCGCCCUGCAGAGCCACAGGGAAGCUGCGCUGCGCUAUUUUAAGGAUCUUGGUGAUGCCUUGGAGCAGAAAAAAGCAGCGCUGCUGAGCGCGCUGGAUGAAGUGGAGAGCUGCGUUUCGGAGAAAUACGAUCCCCUCAUCGAGGAGGUGGAAAAGCUGAAGGUAGAAGAGGAUGAGUUGAAGGAGCUGCACGCAGCUCUCCUGAAGGAGGAGUCCCCGCUGCUUUUCCUGGAGAAGCUGCAGGGGCUGCAGCUGCGGCUCCAGGCCCUCGGGCAGAAGCAGCUCCCGGAGCCCCAAGCUCUGGAGAUUGAUCCCAGCAUGGAGCAGGUGCUGCAGGAGCUGUCUAGAACUGAGCUGGGGCAGCUGCCCAAGAUCCAAGCUCCAAAGCUGCAGCUGGCUCCCAAAAGCUCUGCAGGGCAAACAGCAGCAGCUGCACUCUGGGCUGCUCUCACCGAACCGGGCGUGCUCCUGCUCAUCCUCACCUUAGCUGGGGUGGCUUGGUACCAGGAAAUGUCAGCUGGAGCCAUCCCAGCUCCUCUCUCUCACCUCUGGAGAUUCCUGCUGAGGAUUUAUCAGGAUUGCUGCAGCUCCCUGCAGGACAAAGCACGAGAGCUGUGCUCAGCUUCUGCCCUGCCCCCGGAGCUGUGCAGGAAAAUCCUUCCUGACUACUUUGGUUAGACUGCAAACCCAGUGCAGCAAUCCAGCAUCAUUUGCAAUUCCUGCUCAAAAGCUGCACUGUUAAAGCUCUACACUUAUUCUGUUUCUACAGCCUUCCUUUGCUGCAUUGCAUGGAUUUCCUCUGAACUCAACUUCUGACCCACUUAAGGUGAGGAGGUGAGAUUUGCCUCGAUCCUGCUGCAGAAUUCAGCCUUUAAAUCCUCCUGGAAUUCUCUGCCCAACAUCAGGUGCAUUGCUCAGCUUCCCCUGCUGGAAUUCUCUGGGAGGUGCUGGGAGACCCACAGGAGUGACACUGCACACCUGAAACAGGCAACACCCCUGGAGAAUUAUAGCUGGCUAUUUGUUCCUAAUUAUUAAUCCUCUGAUUUGCAUUUUAAGGAAAUGAAUUACUGGAAUAUAUGAAGGAAAAACAUUUCUUUGGAGGUGUUGUGCAGGUGCACUGUGCUUAAAACAAAACACCAAAAUCCUCUGUCCUGUUUGGCCCUCUCACUGUGGUGUUUGGGUUUUUAACAAAUUAAUCUCUGCCCAAAAUCAGGUGCAUUGCUCAGCUUCCCCUCUCCUGGAAUUCUUUGUCCAAGAUCAGGUGCCUUGCUGAGCUCCUCCUGUAACUCUUGGCAGUUUUACACUUUAGUAAAUCCCACUGAUUCCUUCA